GAGGAGGAUGAGUUUGAUAGGUAUGUUAAAAUAGUUGAUACGAAACACGUCGACAAUCGUUCAACGUUCGAUCCAUCGAUCGAAUCGAAAAGUGUAAAGCUUCAUAACGAUCGGAAAAUUAUUUCUAACAUCGACGAAGAUUUAUCGUACGUUGUACCUAAUCGGAGUGGAUAUUUAAACGAGAAUAAAAAAUCGUUUAAUCUCUUGAAAAUACCUAUUAAGAACGAGAGUAAAGUAGAGAUCGUAAAUUAUUCUUCGUCCGUGCCGAUUGAACAAUUUUCUGAAAAAAACAAAUCAUCGUUAAUCGAUUACGGUCCGUACAAUAUCCCUUACGUCGAGGUACCCGAUUAUUCCGACGAAAGAGAGGAAAGUUUGGACGAGGAAGAUCGUUUACGUGCUAAACAACGAUACGUUCUAAAUCAAUCGAAUUCUACGAAUUUAUCGAUUGACGCUAUCGACGAACAAAUAAAUAUUACGUCCGAUCACGCUCCUCCCGUGGAAAAAAACAAUGAUGUUAACGAACAUCAAAGUCCAUCCUCACGUUUAAUGGCUACUACGAACGUCGUCGAAUCAUCGGGAAUUUCGUCGGAGCGCGCGAAGAACGAUUUGAUUAAUCAUCAAGAAUCGAAGAAGAACGAAAAUAACGUCAACGAUACCUCCGAAAUUAAGAAGAAAUCGAACGAAGAAGGACCCGCCAUGUUGGAUAUCGAUUUUGAUAUAAACGAGUAUAGGAAGCCAUUCGAUUUGGAUGAUUUUUUAAAAAACGAACCAUUCUUUCAAAAACUCAAGAAUAAUAAUAACAAUAAACGAAACAGUAAGGAACAAUUAUUGGAAGAUAAUAAAAAUAAUUAUUCGUUUAUGUCGAAAAAUGCAAACAACAAUAACGAUAAUAACAGCGACGACGACAACGACGAGGAUCCUUCGAAGGAUACGAAAAAUGAACGAAUAAAUGACGACAUGAUAAGCGAGGAAAAAGAUUUUCUCGAUCGUUAUUUUAGCAAGGACGUUAUCGACAAAUUAAAAACAAAUUCGGACGAGAAAAUUCGAGAGGAAAACAGAAGGAAAAAUAUCGAAGAAAAUAAAAAGAGGACCUUAAAAACAUUAUCCUCUAUUCUUGAGAAAAAGGAUCGAAUUUCAAGAUUCGAUGAGGAAGCGAAUAAAGAUAUUGAGGACGGUGUAAAAAAAGCUCCCUCCUUUUAUAAGAAUUAUUGGUCUCUGGAGUACGAGUUGCCUGCCAUGAAGGAUAUAAAAAGAAACGAAGAAAAUAUGAAUUAGAAAGAUUCGUGAAAAGGAAGACAUGUCGAUCGAUUUAUAUUUCUAUUAAAUUCUAUAAAGAAAAUUAAUUAAAAAUAAUUCUAAUUAAUGCAUACGUACAUACAUAUAUAAUAUUACACUCUUACUACAUUAUAUUAUAUACUAUAUUAUAUAUAUAUAUAUAUAUAUAUAUGUUUCUCUUCUAUCGGUAUGAUUAUAUAUAUUAGCAAGAUUUAUUGACGAUUGAUAAUGACAAUUUUUUAAGUUUUCUUCUUCACUCGUUAUCUUUUCACACACAAAGACUGUUAUAUAUAUGUGUGUAUACAUAUGUAUAUGUAU